AUGGAUAGAAGUGGAAAUAUAUGGUGCAAAGGUUCCAGCAAGAACAAUGGUGGAUGGCCCGUGUAUCUUUUACUCGAUAAACAUCAAAGUUCCGAGAAAAUUAAUGACUCUCAAGAAACUAACAAAAUACCUAUUCAAACAUCUAAAUCAACUGUCAACUUGGAUAAUGCUCUUGGAGGGAAAUCCUAUGUAUCGUCUCGCAGCGUUAACAAUCUCUUUGAAAUCAAAACGUCAGAGACACCGUCAGAGAGUGAAGAAGAUUUCGUUUGGAGCAUCAACGAUAGGUUCCACGACAACCAAACAAAAGAUAGUGGGAAUCCGACAGAAGUUCGACUCGGAGAACCAGCGCAUGCUUCCACGGGAAUCUGUUGA